GACGCUCAAAAGUACAAGACGUUCGGAUAGACGUUAGGAUAGACGUUCGAUCGGUCGGUCGGUCGGUCGAAUGUUUGAUUUUGGCACGGAGUAAGCGCCAUACGGGAUCUCGCAAAGCUUCGGAACGUCUGUUUCGCGCCAGCCAUCCUUAGUUGUAGCUUCAUUCAGUCCGUAGCCAGUCGAACCAACCAUGGGAAGAUGAUCAGCCCAGCAGCGCUGAGAUACCGUGAGUAAAAGAGGAUAUCGGACCGGUGUUUGACAUGUCGUCCCCAUCGCCGGUGCAGAUCAGAGAGGCGAACGCACAUCUGACUGCGCUGCACAGGCGAGUCAUAUAUCUGGAGCAGAGACUGCAGGAAGCGGAGAAGACCGUGAGGGAGCAGGCGGAGAGUCUCAUCCGCAAAGAUGAGCAACUCAGAGCCGCCACGCAUGAAAUCACAGAGGCCAAGGACAAAGAGAUCUCCUUCCUCCAUGAGACCCUUUGUCAGUCAGAAGAAUCCAGCCAUAAACUAAACCAAACCAUUAAGGAAAAAGAUUCUUUAAUCGGACAGUUGCAACAUCGAUGUCAGCUGUUGGACAACAUCUGCAAAAGUCGUCCAUUUCUGGACAGCAUGCUGGUCCAGAUGGCCGAGGCCGAGAGAAUGGGGCCUGUCAGUGACUUGGGGAAGGCCACAACAAACAGUUCUCUCACGGAUGGAGAGUCCAACUGCAGCCCCAGCUGCCUCUCCAAUCAUAAAGACUUCUCACUCAGUGAGGAUGACUCUGAGGAUCAGGAAAUGGAUGGGGUUGUGUUUGGGACCACAGUAUGAAAGUCACAAUUGAACUGGUUUUUGUCUCAGGUUUAGUAGCCUGUGUGUUUGGUUACAACUGAUUCAGUGUCUCAUCACCAUUUGGUAAUAUAUGUCCAUUGUAGCGUGAUACAAGUUACUGGAACUCUAGUGUGCAGAGAGAAUGCCUAGUGAUGCUAAGUAUGGAACAGCAUAAAGGAACAGCAUUUUUUAGACUUGCACCUUAGACAAUUUUUUUGUUACCUUAAAGCACCAGUUCAAUAUUUGGUUUCUGCUUAAAAUUGUUGUUUCAUUUUUAAUUGAUAAUUUGGUUUCGACUACCUCCUUUUUAAAGUUUUUAAACUUGCAUAUUUUGCUGGAUGUCAGGAUUUUUUAUAAUUUUUUGUUAUUUUUGAUUAAGUAAUUGCAAUUUAUUGUUAUAUGCAGUCUGCAGUCGUAUAAUGUGAUACAGUUGAGGUGUCAUGUUUGAGAAGGGCCAUAUUGCUAAAAAGAUUUGUAAACAAUAGCUGUUUUGGACAAUGCUCCCAGUUUGAAUCACUUGGAAGUCAUUUAAUUUCCAUUUUUUUUAUGCUUGUUGGAGCUUUUGACCAAUUUUAACAGUCAUCAAUGAUGUACCGUAAAUCACAGUUUACAAGUUAUGCACAUUGGUUUAACUCAAAAUUAUACUGUGUUUGAGAUUAUUGACUCAUCCACUGUUCUGGUCAUAGCUUGUUUUUAAAGCUGUUGAUGAACAUCAAGUGUAACCUGUUGUACCACAAUUAUUAUUAUGCAUUAGUAACUGAGCAACAAUACAUUUUUAGAUCAUAAGGCACAAUCUGACAAUUGAAGUGCAAUGCAUAUAUAAGACAAACUUUGUUUGUGCACUGUUGCCAUAUUAGAAAGAUAUUUUUAUCCCUUGUAAUGAGUGAUUGUUUUGUCAUAUUAAUGAUCUGGUCGGAAAUGCAAAAGUAACAUAGAUGAACCAUUGUAGCACUUCAGGAAAUGGAGUUCUUGAUAUGUCCUACCACCACUGUGCCCUUGAGUAAGGCAGUGAACCUCAAGAUUGCUGAUAAGUGAUAGUGUGACAAUGAAAAAGUGGUGAACACUAUAAUUUAAUGUGCAUUGUGUAUAAUUAAAGGAUCUAUGCAGUGAAGUUGUUCUCUAAGAAAUCCCUUAAAAAUAGUGCACCAGCAGAUAAACAGGGAGCAAUAUCCAACAACGCUCAAGCUACUGCUCACAAAACUACAGGCCCAUGGUAGAGAAAUAGGAAAACAAAAACAAAAGUCUUUAAGCACUAGCUUUCAUUCAGUAAAGCUGUUUCUGUACAGGGAAUGGUGAAUAAACCUGGUUACAUAUGGAUAUUUGCUAUCAGUUCUAUUAUGUUGAUGAUAAAGUGAUGCCAACACAUGACUCUUAUUAAAGUUCGCAUAUUUUGUUCUUGUAUAAUUUGGCAUAGCAAAAAUGUCUAUGCAAGUCUGUUGCAUUCAUUCCAUAUUUAUUUGUAUUGAGUAAAACUGUGAUAAUCAAUUUAUUGAAUGCCCAGUGAAGUGUGUAUGGUAAAAUUUUUCUUUACAGAUAAAAGUAAAACAGUGCC